GUCAAGAACAUGGACAUGAAGUCGGGGACCACCCUGACAAUUAAGGGCAAGAUUUCCAAUGAUACCGACAACUUUGUGAUUAACCUGGGCCAGUCAGCAGACAAACUGAACUUCCACUUUAACCCCCGCUUCAAUGAGUCCACCAUCGUGUGCAACACUCGGGAUGGGGCCUGGGGCCAAGAGCAGCGGGAAAACCACCUGAACUUCCACCGGGGGUCAGAGGUCAAGAUCACCGUGACCUUUGAGGGUGACUGGUUCAAGGUGAAGCUGCCCGACGGCUACAUCCUGACCUUCCCCAACAGGCUGGGCCACACACACCUGGACUACCUGGGUGUGAAGGGCGGGUUCAAGGUCUCCUCCUUCAAGUUCAACUGA